AUGGAAAUAGAUGCACAGCGACGGCAGAUUGAGGUACUCUCUCAGCAGCAGCAAGCCGAGCAAGGAGCGGCCAUAGUGGCAGCAACGCAUGAGCCGACGAACGAACAGCUAGAACAGCUGCAGGCCCUUGAAGAAGAAAAUAUAGAGCUCAGACAUCAGCUUGCUGAUCUGAGCGCUGCGCUGUGCACUCCCGCAUCCGUCAAAGAUGGGGCUUCCAGUAUGAACACACUCUUGGCGUCGCAGCUCCGGACUGCGCACGCAGAUAUCACCAAGCUGAGGAACUUGGUGAGACACCAGCUUCGAUCAGCUGGCCUCGCCCAAGACAGUGUAGGACAAGCGAUGAAGACGAUCGGGAAAGGGGGCGAAGUCUUCGCAACAGACCCCAACGACAUAACUGUCCAAGAAGCCGCUCUCGAUAGCAUGUUAGCCAGGGGACGGCGGCGAGUGCUCGCGGCACGGGAGUUCGUUUGGUCAGCCGUUGCCACUCUAAAAGAUCUGAUCGAUCAGACCUUUGAGCGGAUGGGCCGGCUCGUCAAGUCUGAGGUGUCUGUCGGUCAAAAGUCUGCCUACGUCCAAGAGCUGCAAGGCCUCGUUACUAGUCAACUCGAUCCGGCCUUAAAGAUAUACAAUGACCUCGAUGAGGUGCACAAGGAGCUAGAUACCUUGAAAGCCGUGGUUUUCGAUCCCAAGAGAAACAACCCUUAUUGUCCCUGCCGGCCUCGCCGCAUGGUGCUUGAAGACGAUCUCGAACACUUGCAGCGGCAAUUGCGCGAAGCCAACGAAGCACUUCGCACGGUCAGGGCACAGCUCGUGAAACUGGAAAUGGAGAACCUCGCCAAUUACGUUCAGGUACAGAAUCUCACAGUCAUGCUAGAGAAACCGUUUGAGGAGAGGGAAGAGGGGAAGGAAGAGGGUGGUGGCAUGGGCAGGAGAUGCAGAUUGGGCAAAAAGCUGAGCGUCUGUGCAUGGUACAUGUCUACUACAAACCCACAGGACAAAUGCUCUUCACCUUCUCGGCAUCUAGACCAAGGAGCUGCAGAUGAAUCCGAAGAGUCGAUGGAAGAGUUGCUCAUGCGCGCGCAGAAAGAGCAUGACGCUGCCAAAGUGGCAGAAGCGCUUGCUGCACUGAAAGACGAGGUAGAAAUGCUAAAAGAUCGAGCAAUGCUGGAUGAAGUGCAUCGAGCUCAACCAGCUGGUUACUUGGCUGAUGAACUGUUCAACCAGGGGGCUGCAGUUGCAAAAAUGGAGGUCGUCGGAGGGCGACUACCGGCGGGGGUUGCAGUGAAGAGAGUUGCAGAGACACUAAAGAGCCUCCGCCUGGAAGAGAUACAAGGCAUUAUAGACCCUCAGGACAGGAAACUGCUGCAAAUGAUCGAAGAACAGGCAGUGAAAAUGAGGAGGAUUAACAUAGUAAGGUUGAACAGAGGGGAACAACUGGAAGGAGGAUUAGAGUUAUAA